AUGGCGACUGAACGCGGGGAAAAGCCCAGCACCGCAGUCCGGCGCAAGUCGCAAAACAGCGCACCAGUCCAAGACGAAGAUGCCCGCGCAAUCGCAGAGUUUACCGAAAAGGCCACACAACAAUACGGUCGCGGCGAGCGGAUACGGCCUAAAUCAGUAAAGGACAAGAAGCUCCGGUCGAAUAUCAAAGCGCUCGAAGCGAAGAACAAGCAGGCGGCGAUAGAGGCAAAGAAUGUCGAGGUCCUCCUUGAGCACAAUGCGGGCUUGUUGGAACCAGAAACUGAGCUGGAAAGAACAUACAGGGUACGGCAAGAUGAGAUCAAACGCGAGGUCAGCAUCGAGACGGCAAAGAAGAGCUUUGAGCUGCGGUUAGACGGUCUAGGACCGUACGAUGUAUGCGAGUACAGUCGGAAUGGGCGUGAUCUUCUGAUCGCGGGCAGAAAAGGGCACGUCGCCACGUUUGACUGGAGAGAUGGGAAACUGGGCUGUGAACUCCAACUCAACGAGACAGUGCGAGAUGCGCGGUGGUUACACACCAGCAACCAGAAGAACUUUGCCGUGGCGCAGAAGAAGUGCGUCUACAUCUACUCGGGCGACGGUGUGGAGAUGCACCAGCUCAAGAACCACGCCGAAGCCACACACCUCGAAUACCUGCCUUACCACUUCCUCCUCGCCUCGGUGUCAACGGCCGGCAUAAUACGAUACACCGACGUCUCGACCGGUCAGUCGCUGCCACAACUAUACACCAAACUCGGUCCUUCUACAGCUUUUGCGCAAAAUCCUCACAAUGCCAUCCUUCACGUUGGUCACCAAAAGGGUCUCGUCACAUUAUGGUCACCCAACAGCGCUACACCACUCGUAAAGCUCCUCCCACACCGCGGCCCCGUACGUAGUAUCGCAAUCGACCGAUCAGGCACCUACAUGGUCAGCACAUCGCAAGACCGACGCAUGUCCGUCUGGGACAUAAGGAUGUUCAAAGAGCUACACUCGCACCAUCUGCGCGUGCCAGGAACCACACUCUCAAUCUCAGACCGCAACCUCACAGCCGUGGGAUACGGCACCCAAGCUGCCAUCUACAAAGACGACCUAUUCCGCCUACACGCAGACUCGCAACCCCCCCCAACAAUGCCGUACAUGGCCUGGGGCGGUGCCGGCCAAAACAUCUCCCGCGUCCGCUUCUGCCCCUUCGAAGACAUCCUCGGCCUCUCUCACGACGCAGGCUUCUCCUCCAUCAUCGUCCCCGGCGCCGGCGAACCAAACCCCGACACCCUCGAGCCCGGCACAAACCCCUACGAAACCUCCAAGCAACGCCGCGAAACAGAAGUCCACGCCCUGCUCGAGAAGAUUCAACCCGAGAUGAUUGCUCUCGACCCCAAUUUCAUCGGUAACCUCGACCUCGCGUCGCACGAGGAGCGGCAGAAGGAGUAUAAAGCCCGCAGGGGCGAGCGGGAACCCGACAAGGUUGAUUUACUGAAGAAGAGGGGGAAGGGGAGGAAUAGUGCGUUGAGGAGGUAUUUGAGGAAGAGUGGGAGUCGCAAUGUUAUUGAUGAGGAGAAGGAGCGGGCGAGGGAGGCGAUGCGCAGUUUGCAGAAGAGGCAAGUAGAGAAGAGGGAGAGGUUGAAGAAGGAGUAUGGACCGGCGUUGGAGAGGUUUGCGCGGAAGUGA